GUUAUUAAAAGCACAUGUAAUAUUAAUCAUAUGAAUUCAAGUAAAAUUAUAUCUUGAAUGAAAUAUGAAUUCUGUUAAAGGCAAAAGACUUAUCGAAAUUUGUGUAUAAGUAUUUUGUAAACAUUAUUAAUGUGCUCAACAAAAGAACAGAAACAACAUGUCGAACACAGUGCUAAUAUCUUCUGUGCUGAGUUUCUGCGAAAAGAACAGCAGCUACAGAAAAAUAUUCAACCCGUUUUUAGAAGAGAAGGAACUUAGUUCUUCUCAAAGAGAUAAAAUUUUGGGAAUACUUCAAGGUCUUUUGAAAGAUCCACGGUUCACCAAGGAUAUAGCAGAAUGUUUUUCUCACAUUCUUUUGAUAUUGCUGACCUCUGCAAUACCAUUAAACGAGGAAAAAGUUAACGAUCCCAAGGAGGCUGAUUUGCUUCAUCGAAUAAAUUGUUCAAUUCUAGGGAAGCUUGUUCACGAACAUCCUGACGUACUCAGUCCAAACAAAUCUGCUAAAAAUCCUUAUUUGGAAUAG